CGUAGAUCCACCCGUCCCGUCCCACCCCGACGCGCAGCAGCCAGCCAGAGCCGUCCGGAGUCCACGAGGACAGCGUCCUCCACUGCUGCUGCUGCUGCUCCUCCUCCUCCUCCUCCCCCGCGCCCGCCGGCCGCAGCAGAACAGAGCCCACGCGCCGGCGCGCGCUCCGUCCGGGUGGAGGGCACGAGCGCCGGUCCAGGGAGCGAGGGGAUCGGGGCGGCUCUCAGCUUGACUGCACGGGAUGGCGGACCGCAAGGAUGUCGGGAUCCUCGCCAUGGACAUCUACUUCCCGCCCACCUGCGUGCAGCAGGAGGUGCUUGAGGCCCAUGAUGGCGCGAGCAAAGGGAAAUACACCAUCGGCCUUGGGCAAGACUGCAUGGCCUUUUGCAGCGAGGUGGAGGAUGUCAUCUCGAUGAGUUUGACCGCUGUCAAUUCCCUACUAAAAAAGUACAACGUUGAUCCAAAGCUUAUCGGUCGCUUGGAGGUUGGAAGCGAGACGGUUAUAGACAAAAGUAAAUCCAUCAAAACUUGGCUGAUGCAAAUUUUUGAGGAAAGUGGCAAUACUGACAUUGAAGGAGUUGACUCCAGCAAUGCUUGUUAUGGUGGAACUGCUGCCCUGCUGAAUUGCGUGAAUUGGGUUGAAAGUAACUCCUGGGAUGGACGCUAUGGUCUUGUCGUUUGCACAGACAGCGCGGUUUAUGCUGAAGGGCCAGCUCGUCCAACUGGGGGUGCUGCUGCUAUUGCAAUGCUCAUUGGUCCUAAUGCUCCUAUUUCAUUUGAGAGCAAAUAUAGAGCUUCUCACAUGGCUCAUGUUUAUGAUUUCUAUAAGCCUGAUCUUGCAAGUGAAUAUCCGGUUGUUGAUGGUAAACUAUCCCAAACAUGCUACUUGAUGGCCCUAGACUCAUGCUACAGACAAUUUUGCAACAAAUACGAGAAGAUUGUGGGGAAACAAUUCUCGAUUUCUGAUGCAGAAUAUUUUGUGUUCCAUUCUCCAUACAACAAGCUCGUGCAGAAGAGUUUUGCUCGACUUUACUACAAUGACUUCAUGCGCAACUGCAGCUCUAUUGAUGAUGAUGCUAAAGAGAAGCUCCAGCCAUUUUCUAAUCUGACUGGUGAAGAGAGCUACCAGAGUCGUGACUUGGAAAAGGCCUCGCAACAGGUCGCGAAGCACAUGUAUGACAUCAAAGUUCAGCCAUCGACUCUGCUUCCCAAACAAAUUGGCAACAUGUAUACUGCAUCCCUUUAUGCUGCAUUGGCAUCUGUACUAUAUAACAAGCAUGAUAGUCUGGAUGGACAAAGAAUUGUGAUGUUCUCUUACGGCAGUGGCUUGACAUCCACUAUGUUUUCGUUGAGGCUAAACAAUGGCCAGCAUCCCUUCAGUUUAUCAAACAUUGCUUCAGUGCUUGGUGUCACAGAGAAGCUUCAGUCAAGGCAUGAGACCUUGCCCGAGAAAUUUGUUGACACACUGAAGCUGAUGGAGCACCGGUACGGUGCAAAGGAUUUCGAGACCAGCAGGGACACGAGCCUGCUGCCGCCUGGCACGUUUUACCUAACCCAUGUCGACUCCAUGUACCGAAGGUUCUAUGACCAAAAGCCUGUGGAGGAAACGGCCGGUGGCAAAGCCAAGUGCUGCAACGGCUUCUCAAAUGGCCACUAGUGACGUGCCGUGGACUCCAAGGUCGCCUGCCUUGUUGCUCAUAGACUCAUCGUGCUCUGUACUCUGAUAUGCUUAUGGUUAGAAUUUCCAUCCUAGCGUGUUUCUCAAAUAAUUUAUUCUCUGCAGCUGUUCUCCUAGAUCAGCUAGUUUUUGUAAUUUUUUUAUCUGACCAGUGAAAUCAGUCUUGACAUUCUUGUUUCUUUUAGUUUGUUGUUUUUUUUCGUUCA